AUGGCUUAUUUCAAAUAUAAGGGGAUCCCUUUUCCUCAAUUGCUCUAUUCAACGGAAACACUCAGCUACAUGGAAAAUGAAUUCCAACUGUUGGAUGAUGAUAUAGUGAACGUCGCUUACCCCAAGUCAGGUGAGUGGUGCAUAGACUCUGAACUCAAUAAGGCAGCUCUUUACAUGGUAUUAUUUAUUACUUCACUAACUUUAAAUAUGAAGCACACAAAGAAUAUUAAGCAAUAAAAUAUCUAAUCCCACCCCCAUGUUUAAUGAUGGUCGUUGAACAUAAGGACAAAGAAAAGUUAACAAUUUGUCAUAACUACAAGGUGUUUUUAUGUGGCCUACAUUAAUAAUGUUUGCAUUUCUCACAAGUUUUUUGUUUUUUUUAAUGGGCAGCCAGGUCCAAAAUGGAGAGUUACAUAAAAAAAAAAAAUAGGCAUCUGAAAAAGGAACAUUUGGAAAGUUAAAAAAUUCAAGUCAUGCAAAAGUUAAAUUAUGUAAGUUGAAGUAAAAAGUGAGUGAUAAGAAUGUAAGAAGUAAAUGAAGUAGUCCAGGCUUUCCUAGAUCCACAGAGCCUAAAACACAAUGAAAAAAGUCCACAAACAUUUUGUGUCAGAACUUCCAAAUUGUUUCAACUUCACUAAGCUGCAGCAGUCCUGAAUUUUGGAAAUCCUGUCCCAUAGAAGGGUGCUGAGGAGCAAGCUGUGGGCAAAGAUCCGUUCCAAUUCUUCUUCUUGUUGUUUAGCUGUUUGGUCGUGUCCGACUCUUUGUCACCCCAUGCAACAGAGCACGCCAGGCACUCCUGUCUUCCACUGCCUCCCGCAGUUUGGUCAAACUCAUGUUGGUAGCUUCAAGCACACUGUCCAACCAUCUCGUCCUCUGUCGUCCCCUUCUCCUUGUGCCCUCCAUCUUUCCCUACAUCAGGGUCUUUUCUGGGGAGUCUUCACUUCUCACGAUGUGGCCAAAGUAUUGGAGCCUCAGCUUCAGGAUCUUCCAGUGAGCAUUCAGGAUUGAUUUCCUUCAUAAUGGAUUGGUUUGAUCUUCUUGCAGUCCAUGGGACUCUCAAGAGUCUCCUCCAGCACCUCAAAUCAAAAGCAUCAAUUCUUUGGCGAUCAGCCUUUUUUAUGGUCCUGCUCUCACUACCAUACAUCACUACUGGGAAAACCAUAGCUUUAACAAUACGGAUUUUUGUUGGCCAGGUGAUGUCUCUGCUUUUUAAGAUGCUGUCUAGGUUUGUCAUCACUUUUCUCCCAAGAAGCAGGCGUCUUUUAAUUUUGUGACUGCUGUCACCAUCUGCAGUGAUCAUGGAGCCCAAGAAGGUAAAAUCUGUCAGUGCCUCCAUUUCCUCCCCUUCUAUUUGCCAGGAUGUGAUGGGACCAGUAGCCAUGAUUUUAGUUUUUUUUUAUGUUGAGCUUCAGACCCUCAUUAAGAGGUUCUUUAAUUCCUCCCCACUUUCUGCCAUCAAAGUUGUGUCAUCUGCAUAUCUGAGGUUGUUGAUAUUUCUUCCAGCAGUCUGAAUUCUGGCUUCGUAUUCAUCCAGUCCAGCCUUUCUCAAGAUGUUUUCUACAUAUAACUUAAAUAAGCAGGGAGACAAUACACAGCCUUGUUGUACUCCAUUUCCAUUUUUUUAAAAAAAUGAUAUUUAUUAAGAAUUUUAAAAUUACAAGAAAAACAAAAAGAAAGAAAGAGAAAAGACAAAAGAAAAACAAACCACAAUCAAGCAAUACCAAUUAAUAAAAAUCAAAAUAAAAAAGUAACAACAAAACACGUAACACAAGACAAUCAAAAAACAAAAAUAAACCACAAAAAUUUAAAAACAAAUCCAGUAUUCCAAAAUCCUUAACUGUCAUUGCCUUAUUUCAUCAACCUCCUCACUCCUCCCUUUUUUGUAUCCUAGUUGUUAAUUAUCACAGCAAAUCCUUUCCAUUUUUCAUAAUAUUCUGUCAUUAAAUUACCUUAAUCUAUUUUAACCUUAUCUUAUUAUAAAAGACCCUAAAACUUAAAACUUAGAUCUUAUUUAUACCAGUUUCUCAUAACCAUAACAUAUUCUUACAUAGUUCUUUUAACAUUUUUACUAAAGCCAAAUGAUUUCGUUCCAACAUUUUUCUAACAUUCAUCAAUUUUAUAAAACAAUCCUAAUAAAUAUUUUUUUUUAGAAACUUUCUUCCAAUCUUCAUCCAGCGUCUCUUCUUCCUGGUCCCGGGUUUUGUCAGUCCUUUCUAUCCCAUCAAUCUAGCUCAUUAACUUGGUAAUCUUAUGUCCGAGGCCCUUAAGUCUCUUCCAUGUCCCUUCCGCAGCUCUUCUUCAUAUUUAUACCUGUACUUUACUUUGUCUCCUGCUCCUUUCACUCGUGGAAACUCCAACUUGACAGUGUUUUUGACCCUUCUCGACAAAUCAGCCCCUUUUCCAUAGUCCACACUAAACUCCAUGUGGUAUUUAAAAACAUGUUUCAAAAUCCCUCCAGAAUUAAGAGCCCCCACAACACCAAACAUCUCACGGCCCAUUGCCAGACUUGGAAAGUCAAAACAUCCCUGCAUAGGGGGGUCUAUCCAACCCCCCAUUUCCAAACCAAACAAAACUCUAUCUCUCCAAGCCUGGCUUUUUCCAAGUUCAUUUGUCAAAUCCAACAACUCAUGUUCCUGCUGGGCCACAACUCCCUCCAUCUCUGGCACCCAAGGUCCAGCAACAUCCUCUUCCCUCAUCUGAUCUGUCAGAGCACACUCCUGAUUUGAUUCCUGGGUGGGUUCUAUAUAGUUACCCACUACCUGUCCAAAAUUUCUGAUCGCAGCAGUCAUCAAGUCCGUCUUCUCAUGUAACUGUUCCAAAAGGGCACUUGUUUUGCAGAAAGCACGCACCAGAGCUUCUGAAUACAUUGUUAUACAAGGUCAGAAGUCUGUUCCCACGAUCGUAAUCUGUUGCAGCUGCAGAGCUCCCCGAUUUAGAUUUAGUAACAGUUUCACAGGCUCCCUCUAGGGGAUGAACUUCUAUUUGAUCUUUUCUUUUAAAAGUAGAUCUAGCAACAAAGUUUCUUUUUUCAGAUAUUUUGUCAAUAUUUGUUCCUUUAAAAUGCGAAGGAGAACGAUGGAAUCACAAUGUUUCUCUUCUUUUAACUAUCUGUCAAAGACGUUUGUCUAUGGUCAAUGAACUUCCCAAAGAACGUCAGUCCUGACACCCCGCUCCCAGGUCCGAGACGGUGGAAAAUUACCUUUCUUUACGCUCUCUUCUGCAGGUUUAACCAGUCCAGAAAAAAUCCCCCCUCUUCUCCUGCUUCCGAAGGGGGUUCAACAAUUUUAAAUGAUGAAAGUUAAUCCUUUAUAAAUGAUUUUCUGAACUCUAGUUUGCCAUGUCUUUGCUUUAAUCUAUCUACAAGAAAUGGAAGGCUGACUUCCUGUUUAGACCUUCCCGUUUCAGUGCCAAAUUGAGAAUAAUUUCUUAGUCCAAUUUUCCUUUCUACUCGCAGGUCAUUAUUUAAAGUCCAAUUGUUCGAAAUUGAGCUACUCAUGGGUAAUUGUUUUAAAAGCCAAAUUGUCCCAGGAAAAAGGCAGCGCUCUCCGGCAACGGCUAUGUGGCUUCACUCCACGGAAGAAGCAGUUGACUCUCAGCACCGCGCCACUUGCCCCUCUUCGCUCCGGAGCCCGUAACUGGGUUCCUUUACGAGUUGGGGGCGCGCGAAAGGUGCCCGCCGAGUCCCAUGGUCACAGGCUUCAUCCGCCUGUGAUUUUUCAAAGGGUCCCCGCUUCGCCGUAGCGGGACAGACCCGAUUUCCGUGGAGCCAGUCCCUCCGGAUCAGAGGGAGUCCGCCAUUACCGAUGGCGCCACCCCGGAAGUCCCUCCAUUUCCAAUUUUGAACCAAUCAGUUGUUCCAUAUCCAGUUCUAACUGUAGCUUCUUGUCCCACAUAGAGAUUUCUCAGGAGUCAGAUAAGGUGUUCUGGCACUCCAUUUCUUUAGGAACCCCCCAUAGUUUGCUGUGAUCCACACAGUCAAAGGCUUUUGGGUAGUCAAUUAAGCAGAAGUAGAUGCUUUUCUGGAACUCUCUGGCAUUCUUCAUAAUCCACCGCAUGUUUGCGAUUUGGUCCCUGGUUCCUCUGCCCCUUCGAAAUCCAGCUUGUACUUCUGGGAGUUCUCGGUCCACAUACUGCUUAAGCCUGCCUUGUAGAAUUUUGAGCAUAACCUUGCUAGUGUGUGAAAUGAGAGCAAUUGUGCGGUAGUUGGAGCAUUCUUUGGCCCUUCUUUGGGAUUGGGAUGUAGACUGAUCUUCCCCAAUCCUUUGGCCACUGCUGAGUUUUCCAAACUUGCUGGCAUAUUGAGUGUAGUACCAAUUUUUAUAAUCCAGUAAUUGGUUUCAUGAGGACCAGGCAUUCACUAGUGGGCAGAGGAAGAAAACAGGGAACCAGAUCAUUGAAAGGUGUGCACUGCAAACCCAAGUGGAUUUAUGGAAAAAGACUGACUCGUGAACUUCCUCCUAGGUACCCACUGGAUGUCAGAAGUGUUGGCCUUAAUCCGGAGUCAUGGGGACCCCUCAUGGGUUCAGAACGCACUAGUGUGGGAUAGGGCACCCUGGAUCGAGACUGCUGAUGGGCUGAAGGAGGCCUUGAAAUAUCCUCCCCCCAGGCUCCUGUCUACUCACCUGCCAUUCCAGCUUUUCCCCAAGUCCUUCCUCCACUCCAAAGCCAAGGUAAAAGAGGAACAGUUGACACAGCAAGCCUGCCUUUGACUGAUGCCUUUCUGCCACACAGAUGUGGGGGGACUCUGGAGCACAGACGCUUGACACAGCCCAUUUACCAGAGGAUGCCAUAUUUUGCACUACAGCAUUGGGAGGAAUACUGGAUAUCUCCUUAGCAGUUGCAUGAUUGCAGGAGAACUUGAAUUGGUCAUGGCCCACAUGCAUGGUCCUUUGCCAUGAUAACCCAUAUGCUUAGAAAACCUCACUGAAGAAGAGUUUGAGGCCCCUGAGAAAGCCCCAGCCUAGGUUCCUGGACCUGUUAAGCAACAUGAUUUGUUCAGUCUUUUGCAUAAUUUUUCUAGGGCACCAGACAUGCACCUGCACUCCAGUACCAGACCCUUCUUCCUGACCCUAAUGCAAAGUUCCUUCCAGCUCCCCGUAGAGCACAUCUUUGGGGAUACAUGUAACAACAGUAAAUUAAACAUGCCUUUCAGGAGACAGUGCUCAGGUGCCUAUGGUGGCUGUCCCACUAUUCCUAAUGUUAGUGCUUCCCGGGCUCUCCCUAAAUGUGGCUCUGCCUCUUUUACAGGUAGUCUACACAAUGCGUAACCCCAGAGAUGCGAUGGUUUCAGGCUACCACUUCUUCCAAGGCUUUAAAGAUCUGAAGGAUUCUGGAACAAUGGACGUGUACCUGGAGAGGUUCCUGAGUGGGGAAGGUAUGGAAGGAGGCACAUCAGCCAGUCUCAUCUGCUCUGAUCCAGCACAAUGUCCACUACCAGAAAGGCUCUCUUCUUAGCUAAUCCUAUAGCCUUAUCAGAGAAGUAUAAUUUGUAGUUGGCUACAUGGAGAAACUGGUUUAAGUCUUACGAGAGUCAUUUCUUUUUAAAGAAAAUUAAUAAAUGCCCUUAACAAAUGGGUUAGAAUGGAAGCAACAUGUUAUUUUUUAGGUUCCACGUUGGUGUUUCCUCUACAUCUUCAAUAGCAUUCUUUCCAUUUCCCUGGCACCUCUUUUCAUCUCACCACUGCUUCCUCUUUGCUUCUCCAGUACUUUUUGGUUCCUGGUUUGACCACGUGAAAGCCUGGAUGGAGAUGAAGGAUAGAGCCAACAUCUUCUUCAUCACUUAUGAAGAACUGCAGCAGGUACAGGUCAAAGCUUGACUGUGUCCACACACUACCAGAUUAUUUUGUUUUGAAAUAUUGUAUUGGCAGCCUGAGACAGGAUGGCUUCUGCACAGUGAUAGCAGCAAAUUCCACACCCUCAUGGUAUCAACCUUGCCAAAUGUGCACUGCAAACUGGAAUGAAUGCCUUUUGUGUGCCACUUGAUCAAGGGCAAGCUCUGUACAUCAUAUAAGGCUCUAAGGCUUCCUAUAAUUCCUUUAUUUUUCCCUUCUGCAGGACCUUUGA